AUGUCGACGAACAAUGUUACAACAUCAGAGGAGUUGGAGGGUUUUGCCAGGCAGUUCAAACAGCGUCGGAUAAAACUUGGCUACACGCAGGCAGAUGUAGGCCUGGCACUUGGAAGUCUUUAUGGAAAUGUAUUUUCACAAACGACUAUCUGCAGAUUUGAAGCCUUGCAACUCAGUUUCAAGAACAUGUGCAAGUUGCAGCCCCUGCUCAAUAGAUGGCUCGAAGAAACGGAUUCCACAUGCUCAUAUUAUUCACCUCUUAGUAGCCAUCCAAUCGGCGCCAGUCUCUCUCGCAAGCGUAAAAAAAGAACAAGCAUUGAAUCGACCAUUAAAAAUGAACUCGAAGCCCAUUUUUUAAAGCAGCCUAAACCGCUAACACAGGAUAUUUCACUUUUGGCGGAAUCUCUUCAGUUGGAAAGAGAAGUAGUAAGAGUUUGGUUUUGCAACAGGAGACAAAAGUUGAAAAGAAUGACUCCA